AUGUCUGCCCUCCAACCCAACGGCUGUCCUCCUCCACCCGGUGACGGUUUGCACAUCUUGGUUCGGUCCCGUUCGUUCUCCCCACCCGUUCGUUCUCAACAUAUUCUCCCAGCAAAUACUCCAACUCCCUCAUCUCCAUCUCGAACACCCUGCGCUCCCUUGCUAUCCAUAAGACCAUCAUCGCGCGCACCUCAUCUGGCCAGGCCGGAGGCAGGGGAUAGGGCGGAAUCGGCACAAUCCUCUGAGGCCAGCAACCGUGCUGAUGCCUUGGAGGAGACGUACCACCGUAUUGUUCGUGAACGCUCGGAAAUUCGCGACCGUUACGUGGAAGUCGAGGCCACUCUUCGAGUCUCGACACUGCAAGCUAAACAGAGAACUACGCGGUACCUUGAGACUCGCAUGGCCGAGUUGGAACAAGCGAAGAGCAGGCUUGCAGAGGUUGAGAAUGUGUGGGUCUUUGCUCACGAAGACACUGUCACGGUCUUGGCGAACUUCUCGAUUCGCAUCGUGAACUUAUUGGCAGACGAAGACCGAUUAAUGAGAGGACAUGUGGAGAAAAUAGAGGCUAUGGAUGUGGAAGCUACCUCUCUUCGGAAGAUGCUGAAGGAGGCCCCACAGCGGCAGCUGGAGUUCCGAUGCGUCCGCGAUGUCGACGAUUUCUCGAGCAGGAUCCAUGUCUGCUCAGCUACGUUCUCCUGA